UGCGCAGAGCGGCGGCGGGCGCGGGCGGAAGCGGCGGGCGCGGGGCCGGACCGGUCGGUUCCUCCGUUCACCUCCGCGGGGCGCGGGCGCCAUGGCAGAACCUGGGCGGCCGCAGCGGAAGCUGUCCCGAGUCGGGGAGAGCCUCUACCGCGUCCUGGGCCUGCAGAAGGGCAGCUCCCCCGACGAGAUCAAAAAGGCGUACCGGAGGUUGGCGCUCAAGUACCACCCGGACAAGAACCCCGAUGACCCGGCGGCUGCCGAGCGCUUCAAGGAGAUCAACAGCGCCCACGCCACGCUGAGCGACGAGGACAAGCGCCGUCUCUACGACCAGUACGGCUCCCUGGGGCUCUACGUGGCCGAGCAGUUCGGCGACGAUGCCGUCAAGCACUAUUUCCUCAUGUCCAAGUGGUGGUUCCAGGCCCUGGCUCUGUGCUGCGGUGCUCUCACCUGCUGCUGCUGCUGUUGUUGCUGCUGCUUCUGCUGUGGGACGUGCUCCCCGCCCAAGGAGGAUGAGUCCUACAAGUAUGUUGACCCCAAGGACCUGGAGGCACAGAUGCACGCGGAGGACAGCGAUCGGCAGAUACCUGUUGUGGCCCAGCCCCCACCAGCCAGCACAGAGCCCUUGCCAGCUGCCAGCGCCAGGACCAAUGCCUGAGGCUGGUCUCAGCUCUGCCAGCUCCCCAGGGCUCCUUCUUUGGGACUGUCACUUUCCGGGACCCCGGUCAUGCCACUCAGGAUGGCUCUGCAGCCUCUCAGUGGCUAGAAUCUCAGGUUAAUUUGGCCAGCAUUAAUGCAGAGGCUCUUCUGCCCCUGCUCAAGCUCCAGGGCAAUGCCCCUGUCUCCCAGCACUGGUGGUGGAGGUGGCACACACUACUAUGCCCCAUCCCCAGUGCCUCGCCUGCUGCUGUGCCCCUGCCUGGGCCUGGGCACCAACAUCAGGCCCAUGCAGCCGCCAGCAGAGACCUCUCCGGGUGGGCUUCAUGGGUUGGGAGAGGCAGACGAGUGUGUCUGAGACCGUCAGCACUGUAACCUCUGGGGCUGAGCCCACUGCCUGCCCUCACAGGGACCCUCCUGAUGGGUGCUGGGUGCCAAAUGCUGCUUGUGUUUGGGGUGCCACCUUCUGAACCCCCUUUCUUUCUGUCCUACUACGGCCCUAGGGCACUGGCUGCACCCCACGCUGCAGCUGCUGGUGGGAUCCCUGCAGGGCUGGGCCCGAGGCAGGCAGUUUCCCUGGGUCUGUGUAGGUGUUACGGGUACCAUUAAAGGGUGACAGGAGGGGAAGUGGUUCUGUCUGGUC